AUGUCGCCACCACUUGUCUACCAAUUGGGCCACAAGCCCAUCAAGGACCAUUGUUUCUCGCCGGAUUUCUCUCUCUUGGCUGUGACCAAAGACAACACGGUGGAGUUGUACCAAACGGCGCCAAACUCGCCCAACAAACCACAGCUUGUCGCUACUUUGAAAGGCCACGACAAAACCGUGACCUCGGUAGACAUUUCGCCCGACGGCUCGAAAAUCUUGACUUGUUCCCAGGAUCGGAACGCGUUGGUCUGGGAACAGACCGAUUCGACCGGCGAGUACAAGCCCACUUUGGUGCUUUUGAGAAUCAACAGGGCCGCCACUGUUUGCAAGUGGUCUCCCAAUGGAGACAAGUUUGCCGUGGGCUCCGCCGACCGUGUGAUUGCUGUUUGCUACUACGAGGAAGAGAAUGACUGGUGGGUUUCCAAGCACUUGAAGAAGCCGUUGAAGUCGACCAUCACCAGCUUGUCGUGGCACCCCAACAACGUGCUUUUGGCGUCUGGAUCCACGGACGGCCACGUGAGGGUGUUUUCGGCCUACAUCAAGGGCGUUGACUCUAAGCCCGAGCCAUCAGUGUGGGGGUCGAAAUUGCCCUUCCAGACGUUGGUGGGCGACUACACGAACGCCACCGGGUCGUGGAUCCAUGACGUGGCUUUCAAUGGGGAUGGUGUUGGCGACUCCUUGGCCUACGUGAGCCACGAUGGCACCAUCUCCGUGGUAUAUCCUCAGGGCGAGGGCCUCCCCCCUUCGUCGUUUGUCACGGUGAAAACAAGCUACUUGCCCUUCAAGUCCAUGCUCUUCUUAGGCGACUCCAUCAUUGUGGGAGGCCACAACUGCAACUUGAUUGUGUUCCAGGGCGACGAGUCUGGCUGGAAGGAGGUGUUUGUCGUGGAGAAGCAGAAAGACUUGAUCCAUGACGUAUCGCCAUCCACGGAUGACGACGCCGAGAUCUCCAGCCACCAGGCGCUCAACAUGUUCAAGGAGAUGGAUCUCAAGGGAAGAGUCAACAAGCCUCACCUGCAAGGCUCGGGCAGGGCGUUGAGCACGACACAUCAGAACACCAUCAGCAGCUUGAGAUGGUACGACGGGGGCAAAAUCUCCACCUCCGGCAUUGACGGCAAGAUCGUCAUCUUCUCGCUCGGUAAAUAG